AUGAUUGGCGCUUGGUUUCGGUUGUUCCUGCUGGGCACUCUGUGCUCUGUGGCUUUGCCAGCUCCCUACAGCAAUCACUAUGAGGAAACGGAUCCAGAGCUGACUGCAGGAUAUUUCCAGGGUGACAUGGAUGUAGACUUCGACCGGAACGGAGAGCUGUCCGAGGAACUUCGCUGGCCGAAUGCCACAGUACCCUACAGGAUCUCCGAGGAGUUUGAUGCUCCCUAUGUGGAAUACAUUAAGCUUGGCAUGCAAUUCAUAGAGCAUUACUCUUGUAUUCGCUAUGUGCCCGCUGCUGAGGACGAGGAAACCUAUGUUAUGGUGCUGCCCUCCACCUCGGGAUGUAGCUCAAAAGUGGGUUACAAGCCAGGUGAAAGAACCGUUAAACUGAAACCUGGCCCACUGGACACUGGCUGCUUCAAACUUGGUACCAUCCAACAUGAACUGCUACACAAUUUGGGCUUCCACCAUCAGCAGUGCUCGCCGGAUCGAGAUGAAUACGUGAAGAUCGUAGAGGAGAACAUCUCCGAGGGCCACGAGAAGAACUUUGUCAAGUACGAAGAAGACGUAGUGGGGAGUUUCGAUCAGCCCUACGAUUAUGGGAGCAUUUUGCACUACAGUUCCUUGGCUUUUUCGAUCAAUGGUGAGGAGACGAUUAUUGCUCUGAAACCAGAGGGUCAGGCGAUGAUGGGUCAGCGAUUGAAGAUGAGUGAGAUCGAUAUCAAACGUCUCAAUACCAUGUACAAGUGUCCCAUUCAAUUGUAAAACUUGCAAUAAAUGUAAAAUAAACGUUAAAA